AUGAACGGCGACACUUACUCAUCCAGAGACUCUGGACGUUCCCGCGAUUACUUCCGCGACGAACGACGUGAUCGAGACAGAGGUGACAGGCCCGAACGGGGAGCUGAGCGAGCUGCCGACCGAGGUGCUGAGCGUGGUGCGGAACGAGGAGCUGAGCGUGGAGCUGAACGGGGCGAUCGGACUGAUCGCGGUGAACGACGUCGCUCGCGUUCGCCUCAUCAUGGAUCCCGAGCUGACUCCCGUCGGGAGCGCGAAGUGAACUCAUACUCAACCAGCCGUGACUACCGUGCCCGUGAGCGUGAAGACCGCUACUCUGGCCGCCGUGAUGAUCGGGAGUGGGACCGUGGUGACCGCGCUGAGCGUGGUGGUGGUGGUGGUGAUCGUGGCGGCGGUGAUCGUGGCGGCGGUGAUCGUGGCGGCGGUGAUCGUGGCGGCGGUGACCGGGGUGGUGGUCGCCGACGUGACUUUGAUGACAGACCCCGUCGCGACCUGUUCGACGACCGUCGCGGCGGACGUGGUGGCGGAGACCGUGGAGAUCGUGGAGAACGUGAGAGAAGAGAGCGCAAGCGAAGUGCCACGCCCCCGCGGCGCAAGGAGCCUACUCCUGACCUGACAGAUGUGCCCUCGGUGUUGACCCGCAAACGUCGUUUGACUCAAUGGGAUAUGAAGCCCCCUGGCUACGAGAAUGUUACAGCUGAACAGGCCAAGAUCUCAGGGAUGUUCCCUCUUCCCGGAGCUCCUCGCCAGCAGCCAAUGGACCCUAGUCGCAUGAAGGACUUCCUGAACCCUCCCACUGGCGAUAGCGAGAACGCUGCCCUCAAGCCUUCUAACUCUCGUCAAGCGAAGCGGCUUUUCGUUUAUAACAUCCCAUCCGGUGUCUCGGGCGAUGACGUUAUUGCCUUCUUCAAUCUUCAGUUGAAUGGUCUCAAUGUUAUCCAUAGUGUUGACCCCUGUAUCUCAGCCCAAGUUUCUGAGGAUAAAACAUUCGCGCUUCUGGAGUUCAAGGAUCCGAAUGAUGCCACAGUCGCAUUGGCCUUUAAUGGAAUUACCAUGGCAGAGAGUGGAGACAAGGGACUUGAAGUGCGCCGGCCAAAGGACUACAUUGUUCCCGACGGCAGCGCAGCGCAGCCAGUCCAAGAGGGCGUUGUGCUGAGCGAAGUGCCCGACUCGCCCAACAAGAUUUGUGUCUCUAAUAUUCCCACCUACAUCAAUGAGGAACCUCUCAGCAUGCUGCUUACGUCAUUCGGUCCGCUCAAGUCAUUUGUCUUGGUCAAGGAUGCUGCUACAGAAGAGUCUCGGGGAAUUGCAUUUUAUGAAUACAUCGACCCAAACAACACUGCUCUUGCCGUUGAAGGUUUGAACGGCAUGGAACUAGGCGAGCGCCCCCUCAAGUUUGUUCUUGCCAGCAUUGGAACUACACAAGCCUCGGGCCUCGACAUGGGCGUGAAUGCCAUGCAGAUGUUCGCCAAAACCACAUCUCAGGAUCUUGAGACUACCCAGGUCCUGCAGCUUCUCAACAUGGUCACGCUUGACGAGCUCCUCAAUGACGAAGAUUACGAAGAAAUCCUGGAAGAUGUGCGCGAGGAAUGCUCCAAGUUUGGAAAGAUUCUCGGAAUGAAGAUCCCUCGCCGCGGACACGGUGCUGGCAAAAUCUUCAUUAAGUAUGAUACCGCCGAGUCCGCCACCACCGCUCUCAAGGCGCUGGCGGGUCGCAAGUUCUCGGACCGUACAGUCGUUGCCUCGUACUUCGGGGUUGAGAACUUCGACACCGAGGCCUGGUAA